AUGUUUAAACAAAAGAAGGGAUAGCUAUAACAACAAUAAUAACCAUUUUAUUUGAGUUGGUUCACAAAUUAAGGGUAUUUUGAAGGAUGUAUAUUAGUUUAGGGAAAAUUAAAAUAGAGGAGGAACUGCACCACAAUAGUCUCGCAAAGAAAAAUUGUAAUUGAAAAGUCCAUAUUAAUAACCAUUGACAACAGUAAUUCAUAUGGUUCCUAAUCCUUAGAAUAGGAUUAUGUAAUAUAUGUAUAUGAAUUAUAGGUAAGCACCUAAAACAAAUGGAAAUAUUCAACUUAUAUCUAAGAUAUAUGCAUAGAAAUCUCAAUUAUCUAAAAGAAAAAGUUAAGAGUAUGAACGAUAACGUUAUGAUUUAAAUUCAUAAUCUUAAUAAUCUCGAACUCUUACUUAAUAGGGUAUAAGACCACUUAGAUUAAAUGAAGGGCGACCUUAGACAUAAUAAAAUAUAAUUGAAAAUAAAUUAUGUGUUGAUAAUUAAGGGAGUGAUGAAGAAUAAUAAGAACAAUUAACUCCAAGAGACUAUAUGGAGGAUGUUGAAAUAGAAAAUAAUGGAGCUAAUUAAUUCAUUAAUGAUUGUUUCUCAAAUGAAUCAAAUGAAGCAGAUAGUGAAGAUCAUUAGAAUUUUCAAUUGCCUAUUUAGAAGGAUGAAUAAAUGUAUUAAAGUAUUAUUCAAAUAAUAGAUAAAAUAAAUCAUAUAUUAAUGAAGAACCAAUUAAAAGUUUGAGGAAGACUAAUAAUUAAAUUAAUAGACCUCAGACCUCUGAAGGUGGAAGAAGAAGAAGAUUUAUGAAUUCCUUCAAUUAGAUUGAGUAGAAUUAUGAAAAGAGAAAGGAAACAGAAAAUGAUUUACUGGAAUUUGAAGCAAAUAUAAUUUAAGAAGAAUAAGAAAUUAUUGAUAUUGAUACUCAAAUAUCUCCAAAAGUAUUUUAUUUUAGGAAUAUAGCAAUUAAUUUCAAUUAGAUCUGGAUAUAGAAGAAGUUAAAAUGAUUUCAAUGAAUUAAUUGUAAGUAAUACUGAAGGAAGACCUCCAUCAAGACAUAGAACUCCUCCUAAAGCUACUGAUUUAGAAUUGCCAUUAGAUAAUGGUGUAAGCCAUGUCUCUAAAAAUAGUGUUGAUAUUCCAAUAAAAAAUAUGUAUGCCUAAAUUAAUGAUGAAAGUAAGAUAUUAUUUUUAAUUUUUAAGAAAUUUAAUAAGAAAAUGAUUGCGAAUUUGAUUUGGAUUAUUUUAAAAUGAAUAAUAAGAUGAAUUUUAAUAAAUUUCAAUAAUAAAAAGAAAUACGAGGAUAUCAUACUGAUGAUGGAAAUUAGAUGAAUUAAUAAAGACAUCCAAAAUCAGCUAAUGUUAAACAUAAUUAAUUAUGUUCUCCUUUUAAUUCUCAAAUUAAUUCAGCAUAUUUAAGAAAUGAAGCAUAAAUAGUUAUAACAUAUAAUAAUAGUUCAGCCAUACAAAAAAGCAAUGAACCAGUUAAAGUUCCAUUUUAAACUUCAUUAGGAUAAGAUUUUUUAAGAUUGUUUGCUAAUCAUUGUAUGGAAUGA